AUGAAUCUCAUUAGUUGGAAUGGACGAGGUUUGGCCAGCCCCCGUGCAUUAAGACAGCUUCGUUUGCUCAUCUCUAAGCAUUUACCUGAUGUACUAUUUAUUAUGGAAUCUAAGCUUAAUAUAGGUGCUAUUUCUAAAUUUCGUACUAAGUUUAAUUUUUCUAAUGGGUUAGAAGUUCCUAGAGUUGGUCUUAGUGGGAGUUUACUGUUACUAUGGAAAGCUGAUGUAAAUGUAAAUGUUCUGAAUUAUGAUUUUGAAGCGUUUGAAAGACACUGCUCCGUUGAUGUCCUGGCUCGUUAUACCUGGCACAAUAAUAGUGUUAAUGGCACUAAUGUCAAAGAGAGGCUUGACUAUGCUUUUAUCAAUAAUACUUGGCUCCCUGACUUUGGUGCGAAUGAGGUCAGUCACUUGGAUUUUUUAAAAUCUGAUCAUAGAGCCUUGCUGGUUUCCGUUGGCAGUGUAGCUGGAGGAACUCAUAGACAAUAUAAAUCACGGUUUCACUUUGAAAAAAUUUGGCUGAAUGAGGAAGAGGCCUUGGACAUUAUCAACAAACAUUGGACUAAUGCAUCAUCAGAUCCUAUUCUCCAGAUUAAGAAUAAUCUGUCUUCCUGCUCAUCCCAUCUUCUAUCGUGGCAUCGAACUAAGUUUGGUGGGUUGCAAAAGAAGAUUCACAGUACUCAGCAUAAAGUUUCUACUCUUCAAAAUUCCAAUCUUACUACUUUUGAUCACUUUGAAGAGCUAAAACAUUGUGAAGAUAUACUUGAUGAACUCUUAGCACAAGAAGAGGAUUAUUGGAAACAAAGAUCAUGCAUAAAUUGGCUGAAGUCAGGGGAUUCCAAUACAAAGUUUUUUCAUCAAAAGGCCAAUAGUCGAAAGAAGAAUAAUGCCAUCAAAAAAUUAAUGGAUGAUCAUGGUGUGGAACAUAAUUCUCAAGUUGCAAUUGCCAAUGUUGUACAGUCCUAUUUUCGGAACAUUUACACUACUGAUGGUGUAGAUAAUGAAGCCUUACAAUUUGUCUUCUCCAAAGUCCCAUGUACCAUCACUGAGUCUGAUAAUAGAGCUAUCACUCAGCCUUUUACUGCUGCAGAUAUUUAUGAAGCUUUAAAAUCAAUGAAUUCAGAUGGCAGCCUGGGAAUUGAUGGCAUGUUUGUCAUGUUUUACACAAACUAUUGGGGCAUUGUUGGUGAUCUAGUUACUCGUUCAGUUCUCAAAGUUCUCAAUGAAGGCGGUGACCCUACAAGUUUCAAUCAAACACUUAUUACACUCAUUCCUAAGGUCAAAAAGCCAAUGAAUAUGACUCAGCUGCGACCCAUAAGUCUCUGUAAUGUUCUUUAUAAACUUGUGUCCAAGUCUAUUAUUUUGAGACUGAAACCUCUAGUUCUUUGCAAAGCCAAUGUCCAUUCUGCUAAAGCUAUUCGACGUUCUCUAACAACUUACUACCGUGCCUCUGGUCAACAACUCAAUGCAGCAAAAUCUGUCCUCUCCUUUUCUCCAAACACGAUUCCACAACUUUUCUCCAUUGGAGGAAAAGAGGUGCUUUUAAAGGCGGUAGCGAAAUCGAUUCCAACUUAUGCUAUGAGCUGUUUCAGGCUUUCUAACACGCUCAUUGAUCAAAUUGAAGUCAUGAUGAAUAUGUUCUGGUGGGGUUCUAAUUUUUCGGGAACUGGGAUCAAUUGGAAGACUUGGAAGUCUUUAUGUCAUUCUAAAGUAGAAGUUGGAAUGGGAUUCAAGAGUUUUGUUCAUUUUAACCAAGCUCUACUUGCUAAGCAAGCUUGGCGAAUUUUUUUUGAACCCACCUCCCUAUUAAGCCGUGUUCUCAAGCCAAGAUACUUCAAGAAUAACUCUUUUUUGGAUGCUGGAAUUGGAAAUUAUCCAUCUCUAACUUGGAGAGGAAUAAUAUGGGGGAAAGAGUUGCUAAUUAAAGGUCUGAGAUGGAAGGUUGGUGAUUGUCACACUAUCACUUGUGCAUCGGAUCCAUGGAUUCCAAGCUUUACUUAUUUUAAACCUCUUCUACUCAAAGGAGAUGACAGAACUAUCACUGUUUCAGACUUGCUAACUGAUGAUAACAGAUGGGAUAUUCCAUUGCUGCAAUCCUUGUUUUUAGCAUCUGAUGUGGAGAAAAUUCUAAGCAUUCCACUCUCUCCUUUUCAUCGGACUAAUCACCUCAUUUGGCACCAUGAAAUGGAUGGUUGUUAUACUGUCAAAUCAGGUUACAAGAUGGCAUUGUCACUUGAAGAACAGCAGCCGAACACUAGUACUUCUCCUGCAAUCAGUUGGUGGAAAAAGUUCUGGUCCCUCUCCAUUCCAUCUAAAGUUCGAAUUUUUUUGUGGAGAGCAAUGCAUGACUGUUUACCAGUCUUAGACACUCUGCAUACGAGGCACAUUAGUGAUUCUGGUUUUUGCUCUUUAUGUAAUCAUGAGAAGGAGACUAUCAUUCAUGCUCUUUUCAGGUGCACACGUCCUAAGAAAUUCUGGAAAGCCUCUCACUUCUCGAUUGAAAGCCUCCUCUCUUCACAUGUUGGAUUGCAAGAGAUCAUGAUCAAGUUUUCAACCAUUCAUACUCAGCUGGAGUUAGAACAAUUUGCUUGCAUUUUGUGGAGUUUAUGGAUAGAAAGGAAUAAAGAACGCCAUGGUACUAAACCCCAUCUGGUUGAAUUACUUUUAUUUAAGUCCUUGUCAUAUCUAGAGGAGUUUCAAUCUGCCCGUUUCGUUAAGCCGUCAGACCAAAAGCUUAUAUCGCAGCAGUAA